AUGGCGGCGCAGGGGUUUGCCAGGCCGCAAGCAGGGGUGGUCGCUGUUUGGCCAGUGCUGCUAUGGACCUGGCACGCCUGGCAAGGAACCGUCGACGUUGCGGGCGAGGGCGAGGGCGAAGGCGAGGGCGAGGGCGCCGGCCAAGAGGAGAGACUUCCGACCAGUGACAACGACGAAGAACAGAACAGCUCAUGCUCGACCUGCGCCUCGCCGCGUGUCGUGCCGUAUCGUACCGUGUCGUCUGCUUCGAGCCUGUCGUGA